GCUCCGCCCACAAGCACAACCAGUGAGAGACGAAAUCACGAAGCCGCGCUGGGAUUCAAACUUUCAGUCUGGACAGUAACUGCUGCUGCUGAUGCUCCUGCUGCAUGUUCGGACGAUGUGUGCAAGUCUAAGAGGCUGAUGGCAAAUACUUUUUGCCUUCCAUUCUAAUUACAGAACCAAGCAAUGGAGGCACACUGGAUUGCUGCAAUUGAGAGCUCUCUUCGAAAAGAGGCAGAUCCUAAAGUCAAGAGGUCGAUUCAAGUACUGUCUGGUCAGAGUCAAGAUGCCUUCAUGUCUUCACAUCUGCAUUACCUUGAAGAAUGUGGCCUUGGUAACUUUGUAGCCAUGAAGAAACGACAUGCCAAUCAUUUUCAGUGGCGAUGUGAAAGAGCCAGUCACUGCAAGGGGAAGUCUACUGGAGACCCCCAAAAAACAAGAGCCAACAGUUGUGGGGCCUACGUAUCUUUCACAUUUGUAAACAAGAACUGUUAUGAUGGGUGUAUUAUACGACUCAUGAGUGACCAUUCUGGGCAUGAUCCUAACAGUCCCUUAGAGAGCACUGUAAAUCGGAUUCAUCCUGGUCUCACUGACUACAUUUAUACCCUCAUUCAGCAGGGUCACACAAAUGCUGAAAUACUGCUCUGUUGCAAAGACUGGUCGGACACACAGAGCCAGUCGUAUCUCAAGGACAGAAGGUACCACGUAGCACCUGAUGAUAUUAAUUUUAUACGGAAAAGCUAUAAUGCACAUACUCACAUGGAUUUAAAUGACUGUGUUAGCGUGGACCGAUUAAUCAAAAGUAAGUUUAAAGAUGACAUCAUCUACUACCAGCCUUUGUCACACUCUGAAAAGCAGGCACUCAUCAUUGUUUUUAGCACACCUUGGCAGAGAGAUCAACUGAAGAACUAUGGCUCUGACAUGAUAUACCUUGAUGCAACAUAUAAGGGUAUUACCCAGUAUGGAUUCGCUUUUUAUGCUGUCAUCAUUAAGUCUUCCCAGGGUCGUGGAGUCCCAGUGGCCUUCUUCAUUUUAAGUGAGGAAUCUACAGAGAACCUAAGUAUUUGUCUUCAAAAGCUGCAAGAGUGUGUUAAUCCCUUUCAACCAAGGUGUGUCAUGGUAGACAGAGAUCUUAAGGAAAUCAAUGCAGUGCAGAAAGUGUUCCCACACACUAGAAUACUGCUGUGCUGGUUUCACGUUCUUCAGGCAGUUCAUCGCUGGAUGCAACGCCAAGAUGAAUGUAAAAAGCAACCAGCUUUGAAAAAUGAAGUCAUCAGGGCAAUGAUAGCACUCAAACAGUGUGCAACUGAAGCAGACUUUGAAGAGAGGUCAAACCAAGUAGUAGACAGCAUUGAUGAACUCUCAGGCACAACAACUAUCUCAAACUAUUUAAAAAUGCAGUGGUUUCAACAUUCCAAGAUGUGGGCCAACUUUGGAAGAAGAGUAUUCCACCAAAAUAGUGAAACCAAUAACUUGGCUGAGAGAUUCUUUUUCAGCAUGAAAUACCAAUUUCUUCAAGGGUAUGCAAACAGACGUGUAGAUGACUUGCUUCAUCUUUUGAGUGAGAAGGUGGUGACAUAUUACAGCUACCUGGAAGAACUCUACAAAGCGGGCCGGAUAACUGAGUUGAAGAAACCAGACAUGGGUGAACUUGUGUCUAGGAUGAAAUACAAAGGCUUGCAUGACAAAGUUGUUUUUCAGUCUGCUGGCCAAAUAUUAGUACCUUCAGAAACCAGUGAGGGAAAGUGUUAUUUUGUUGAUCUCAUCACAAUGCUCUGUGAAUGUGAUUGGGCUGAAAGGGGAAACCUAUGCAAGCACAUUGCCUUGGCAAAGCACGUUUGUGAAGAAAGAGAUGUGGACAUAGAUGAGUGCAGAAGGGAAUUGGCUUGCUGUCUGUCAGAACAAGGCAGUUAUGAGUGGGAUGGAAAUUACUUAAUUGUACAUCACAGGCAAAGUUUUGGAGUUGUAAACUUGCAAACAAAGCACUGCACAUGUCUUGCUAGUAGCUUAAAAGAAAUAUGUGUGUGCCUUAGAGUUUCAGAGAUCCUAGUCCUGCGGGAUGGUCCAGAAGAGAACAUUCAGUCAUUUGAAGGUGUUUCAAACCAUGUAAAAGAGCAUGUAACCCCAUGCAAGACUGUAAAAGAAAUGAUAGGGGCAUUGUACAACUGGUCUGAGAGCACAGAGUUCUGUGAAAGUCCAGAAUUACUGUCUGCAGUUAACAGAGUUUAUCAGCUUGCUUUUGGACAGUACAGUAGCAACACAAGGAAAAGAAAGAUUCAAAAGCUUCACAAGUACAGACUAAGAGUCAAUGAAGCAAAGAAAACAAUACAGAACAUGCACUCGUACACGCUGAAAAACAGCUUAAAUCGUGCAAUGCGCUCACAUAGGCCUGACUCACACUUUAAAAUUACUGCAUUUAAAAAAAGAGUCAGAGAUGGUAAGCACCGUAUACACUUCCGUGAUACUAAUAAAGCCAUGCAAAAAUAAAGUUGCAAUUGUGGCCAGUAUGACUUUUCUGUAUUUUGUACUGGGGCUGUCUCCAGUGAUUACUACAAUAACAAUUAUAAUAUAUAUUAUAAUUGUAAAAAACAAAAUCUUUGAAUGUUAACUGCCAUUUCUGUCCAUAUCUCGUUUCUCCAAAAGCAUUCUCAACAGCAGAUAGUUCCAUUAAAUAAAAGAAAAACCCAGAUGCAGUGUUUCAAAUUUUAUUAACUUUAUUAACAUAAUUUUUUCUUCUUAAACAAUAAAAUGCAAUCACAGUUUCUGUAGUUAUUUAAGAAAAAAAAUGCAGAAAAGAAAAUGUAUUUGUGUUAGGAUUGUUACAAUAAUACCUGGAAUAAUGUACAGUAUAUGAAAUAUAAUAAACAUGUUCACAAACAUAUACAUGAACCUUUUUUUAUGUUAGGAAAAUAAAUGUACAUUGACAAGUCAACUUGACAUAAUAAAAAAACUAUAUACAUGUAAA